AUCGCCCAUAGUUCAGUCUAAAUGUAGUCAAAAUACAUUUCAACAUUUAGAAGUACAUUAAACUCUUUUACAACUAUAAACAAUUCAAGGCCUGGGCAAAAGUAAAGACAGAUGAUUUUAUACGGAAACUCCAAAUAGGCUAAAUAGUCUACCGCGUGCCGCUCACGUGAACUUGAAUUUGGCAGGAGGAGCGCAGCAACACUCUAGGAAUCAUGGCUGGUGGAGGCUCUUCUUUGCGUGUCCAUGCCUUGCGCCUGGGCCCCGGUGAGGAGCUCUUCUCCUCGCUGCUCUCCUUCGUGGAGGAGAGGAAGCUCCGUGCCCCAUUCAUCAUCACCUGUGUGGGAAGUGUCACCAAGGCAACGCUGAGACUGGCCAACGCCACUGCCGACAACACCAACGAGGUGAUUCGGCUGCAGGAGCGGUUUGAGAUCGUGUCUCUGGUGGGCACGCUGAACAAGGAGGCCCACCUGCACAUCUGCCUGGCGGAUAAAGACGGGAAAACCGUCGGAGGCCAUGUGCUCGGAGACCUGGAGGUGUUCACCACGGCCGAGGUUGUAAUCGGAGAAGCAGUCGACCUCAGUUUCACCAGAGAGAUGGACCCAGGCACCGGAUUCCCUGAGCUGGUCGUUCACCCCCGCCAUAAGGACGCAGUUUAGAUGGCAGUGGUUAGUGAGCACCUAUGCCUAUUCACUUUAUUCUCUUCCGUCCUCUUUCAAGCUUUUCUGCCAUUACCAUUGCGUUUCCCAUCGGCUACAGUUGUUAUACAAUACAGGCCUGCACUAGGUCCAAAAAGCAGCUAACCGGAAAACAUUUUUGCCAUAGACUAGCUCCUCACAUAGCCUAGUACCCCACCCCCUAAACACUACACUUUGAUAGUGGCCAACCAACCCCACACACGCACUACUAUACGAUAGUCCACUGUCUGUAUAUUAAAUACACACCAAUGUGCCACGCCAUCUAAAUUAUGGGCUGGUUUCUAAGAAAAAAUAAAAACAAAACAAAAAUCAAAAGCAUCAGCCCCUGAGGACUAUCCACCGGGAUAUUGCCCUAUACGCCACAUGACCAAUGUUGUCAUGCCCUGUUGUACUGGAACGAAACAGGAAUGGAGAAUUUUUAUAUCUUCUUAAUCUUCUGACUAGCUUUUUAAGUCUUGCCAAAGUGAUACAACUACAACAGAGUGUAUAAUUGCAUUGAAGAAAAAAUAAAAUAAAAAGAAAGACAUCUAAACUAAUGCACUGCAAUGAACCGUAUUAAAAAGAGAAGUAAAAUGGCAAAAAGUCAAAUACAGUGCUGUUCUUGUUCAUGAGCAGAAUAAGGUGAAUAAAGAAAUUUAUUGAA